GAAAUGAAUUGAAUCUGUGAGGUGCCCUUUUGUUCUCUUGAGCCCCUGAGCCUGUGAAAUGUCUGCACACCACUGGCACUGAGUGAUGAUGAAAACCUCUUCUGUUGUUUUCUGCAUAUGUGCACUCUCUUUGUGCAAUAUGACUGUGAAUAACACGUUCUUAACAGUGGAAAUCCAUCUCCCUUUUUCAGUGUUGUUUGCAACUUUACGCACGUGCCAAGCGCCACUUAUUCCAAGUCCAAUCAAUACCACAUCUAAUGGCGUUUUCCACUCUCUGCCAGCAGAGUAAAAAAGGUUGGAGUUGAACAUAUUUGUCAGCCUCUGUCGCUUUGUUUUUCCAGCUCCAUGCGCUCUGUGACACAUUUCAAGCCGCUGCGUAUUGAUUGCAUAUUAUAAAUUGUAUGCUGUGCGUCUUACAGUUAUUAUUGUCUAUUACAAUUUCUGCAUCCUUGGGGGGGAUCCCAUUCCGCCAUUGGGUAUCUUGAUAUCACGUGGCCGCGUGGUCACAUGGCUCGCGUGGUAAUGGAAGGGAAGGGAGGGGAGGAGUGUUUUUUUUUCUUUCGUUUUUUAUUUUGUGUAAAUCUCGACAGUAAUACUCCGUCAAUAAUUCACGGUCGACAUUAAAGCGUCCCCGGGUCUACAAAUCAACGGCGCCAAAUGAUGAGUUCGCUUCACCUCGCCAAUAACGCGCUCUUCUGCAAAUACCAACAAUCCGCCGCCGCUCUGCUCCUCACAGACUCCUCAACUUCUCCCUCCCCGUCCUCCUCCUCCUCCUCCUCUGCUCCUCCUGAAAUGUCUUCCUCGUGCGCCCUCGCCUCCAGUGGAUAUCACCACCAUCAUGUCUCCAGUGGGAAAAGCAGCGGAAGACUCUCCUUUCCUCCUCCCGCCUCCAUCUCGGCGUCUUCUUCACCUUCCUCCUCCCUUCCCUCCUCCUCCUCAACUUCCUCGUGGUUGUGUUUGUCUCUUUCGGGACUGAGCGGGGUUACUCAGCCCGGCGCGCGUCCUCCGAACCCCGCAGAAAUACGCGCAGGAGGAGGCGGAGGGCUCCCACCGGGAGCCAUGCCACUGUGCGCCUCUCUGCAGAGAUGCGCCGCGGAGCGAUUUCCCGGUCCGACUCAGCUCUGUUCUCCGGCCGUCAGACUUCCCGAGGCGGCCUUCAGGAUGCAGCAGCAGCAGCUCUACCAAGACAGCCUCCAGAUUUACCCCUGGAUGAGGAGCUCAGGUGCGGAUGGGAGACGCGGCCGCCAGACAUACACGCGCCACCAGACGCUGGAGCUGGAGAAAGAGUUCCACUUCAGCCGCUACCUCACGAGACGGCGGAGGGUCGAGGUGGCGCACGCGCUCCGCCUCACCGAGCGGCAGAUCAAGAUCUGGUUCCAGAACCGGAGGAUGAAGUGGAAGAAGGAGAAGCGGGAGAAGACGGAGAGCGACGGCGGCGGCGGGUUACUGACGGCAGCAGCAUCAGCAGCGGAGGCCGGAGAAGAAGAGGAAGAGGAAGAAGAGCAGGAGGCGGAUGAAGAAGAGGAGUGAUAAGGAAACAGAAUUUUACAACACAUCCAUUGUGUUUUUUAAACAAUGGAGAGAGAGAGAGAGAAAGAGAGAGAGAGAGAGAGAGAGAUCAUAUUCAUAUUUGACUCUGAGGUUCAGUCUAUGUGACGUCAUCCAAUCUGCAACACAAUAAAGGGGAAGAUAACGUGUCCAUGCAUUGAAUAAUAAUCCAUCAGAUCUAAUAUGUGGACACCACAUUCAUAUAGAACACGUAAUAAUAGAGAAUACAUUAUAGUUGUUGUUUUUUAUUAUUAUUGUUUCGAUAUAAGUGGACUCAGAUGUCUGUAAUCGUAGUCCGACCAUGGAUUUUCUCACUGCACUGUCUGUGGACAAGAAAGAAAGAAAGAAAGAAAGAAAGAAAGAAAGAAAAAGAAACGUGUGUAUUUCUGGUCGAAAUUCACUAAACACGUAAUUUAUUUCCGUGUAAACAGAACAUGGUUAUAAAGACAUUUUCUCUGGUCAGAAAUACAUUAGUAUCAAUAUUAGCUACAAAUGUGCACAUUAAUUGCACGUGUUUUGACUUUGAUUGUUCCCACGUGAUUGUAUAUUGAUUUAAUCAGCCUGUGUGUCACGUGACUGAGUUUUAACGAAAUGUAACGGGCUUUGUUUUUUAUUCAUAAAUUCAAUGUACAUUUAAAAUAUACAUGUGUUUGUGAAAGUGAAAGGGAAUAUUUAGGAUGCUGGUUUCUUUUUCUCUCCUCUCUCUGUUGUGUGUGUUUGUUUAUGAUGUGGAUUUUCAUGUCCUCCUUCUCUUGUGUGUAAUUAAUAUAGUAAUAAAUGUAUAAACUCCCGUUCUGAAACGCUCUGAAAA